GAGCCAUGUCGCAUAUAAGUUGUCCAAGCCGUUGUUAUUAUGUGCCGAGUGAGAACUAAAUAAAUAAUCGUUUCGCAACAACUUUUGUGCGGCGACCGUCUCGAAUAUCUGAUGUUGAAGGAGUAAAAUAAUUGGGCACUUUGUAAGCGGAGGCUCCUGCGUUACACAUUAAUUCAAAUACGCUCACCCCCACGUUUUGUUCCUAGUGAAUUUUGAAAAAUAAAUUUGGUAAUAUCGAGAGAACGAAAACAUGCACGUAAGCCGUACUACGUUGAUUAUUUGCACCGUCGUAGCGAUUUUGACAAUCGCGUCGACAAUGGAUAACUUGAGAGUGGCGUAUCAGUGGAAAACUCUAGAUUUUGAUUAUUCAUCUCCUAGAGUCCGAGAAGAAGCUAUAAACAAAAAAGAGUUUAUACCGGAAAAUAAUAUCCCGGUUGGGCUGGAAGUUGUCGGGAAACGCCUUUUUUUGACCAUCCCCCGAUGGAAACGCGGUGUUGCCGCCUCUCUGGCUUACAUCGACAGAACCACAGCUCCCACUGACUCACCCAAGUUGCGCCCCUAUCCAAACUGGGACGCCCACACAUUUAUAGGGCGUAAUCCCCCUGACAUCGUGUCCCCCUUCCGAAUCAGGGCUGAUGCAUGCGACAGGUUAUGGGUUUUGGAUACCGGAACGGAAGAGAAUUUAACUCACCGAAAAACCAGACUUUUAAUAUACAACCUUCGCAACGAUGUUUUAAUGCGGACUUACGAUAUACCGGGCGAUCAGAUGAAAGACAAGUCGUUCUUUAUAAACAUAGCGGUGGAAGAUCACGAUUGUCAGGAUACUUAUGCGUAUCUUGCCGACGUAGCCAGCCCGGGAUUGGUCGUCUAUACUUACAAAGAUAACCGAAGUUGGUUGGUGAAGCACAAUUAUUUUAAUAUAGAUCCGUUGGCGAGCGAGCUCAACGUUUCUGGGAUAGCUAUACAAGACUGGGACGACGGGGUAUUUGGAUUGGCUCUAAGUUCUCCCGAUCCGGACGGAUAUAGCACGCUUUAUUUUCAUCCGAUGAUAAGUUUUGAUGAAUUCGCAGUCAGCACAAAGAUACUACGGGAUGAAGACAAAGCGAAAAACCCGGCCAACUAUUACGAUUUUCGUCAUCUCGGCAGCAGAGGGCCCAAAGGCCAGAGCGGCGCAUCCUUCCUGGAUACCAAAUCUGGGGUGUUAUUCUACACCCUCAUAAACUUGAAUGCCGUUAUAUGUUGGAGAACGCCGAACGUAUCGUAUACGAUGGAGUCUCAAGGUCGAAUUUUUAUGAGCAACGAAACCAUGGUAUUCCCGAACGACAUCAAAGUCGAUAACGACAGCAAUCUGUGGGUACUGUCGGACAAACUGCCCGUAUUUUUGUAUUCCAGUUUAGAUUACGGCGAGGUCAAUUUUCGGAUAAUGACCGCCAAAGUGGAGGACGCCAUCAGAGAUACCGCGUGCGCUCCUAUCCUGGAAACGAACCCCGUUAUUAUGGAUAAGCUCACCCCUAUAAUCGGUAAAACCGCGAAAGCUGCUAGCCGCUGCUGCCAAAUAAAACUUUCACUUGGUUUGUUUGUUCUCGCCGUUGCAAGUGCGUUGUUUAAAUGAAAAUGUACUUUUCAAAUAAUGCACCUGCUUGAUUUCUUUAUUAAUAUCGAACGCAGCACACGCAGUACUCACUUUCCACUAACAAUGUUCCCACAUUAGGUAGUUGCGCAAGUGGGCAGCAAGAGGAACGUCUGUGUCUAUCAAUUAACGAUAUUCCGUUUUUUUUUCAAGGUAGAGUGGUUAUGCAUAAUAUUUAGUGAGUUGUUUCCGAAUGUUUACUUUCAAAUUUCUGAUUUUUUAAACAACUAUAUACGGUGUAUCAAUUUAUUAUAGCCAAACAACGUAAGUCAACGAGUGCUUAGUUUUGGAAAAAGUUUUAAAAAUAACAGUUGUACCAAAUUCAAAUAAAGCAAAAAUAAUUAUAAUCUUUAGGGUAACAAUAUUUUAACUUAACUUGACCACCUUAAGGUUCAUGAAGUAAAAAAGCACGCCACUGACCAUCAAACACGAGUGCAAUAAUAUAUGAAUGUGAAUGCAUCAAUACAGUCCAAGCAGUCAAUAUAAUAUGUAUAUAGGGCGUUCAAUUUAAAAGAGUAAGAAGCAGAGGUUAGAAAAUUGGUAAAGUUUUGUGGGUGACUUUCCAACAUUUUUUUUUAUUUACCUUGAUAGGUACUUUUAAAAAAUGACAACGAAUGAGAAUGUAACUUAGAUACAUUGAAUUUACUGUACUAUCGACUGUUAAAUUCUUGCUCCAAUUAACUGACACAUAUUGUCUGCAUUGCAUAUAGAAAGCUUCAAAGUAACAUUUGUAAUUUGUAAUAUGCUAUUAUAGAGAUUAAUAUCGCGGUAGUUCAAAAUUUGAAUGAGAAUUUCAAUAAACAAGACGUUAUUUCAAUUUUUCUGCGUUUCAAGAUAUUUUGAACACAAGAUGAAGCAUUUAAAAAAUAUUUUUUUAAUCUUCACUAUUCCAAGUCUGUGUUCGGUUAAUAAGCUUUUAAUUAUAUUGUAGUCAUGGGAAUUUGGAUAAGGAAAAAUCGUCAAGGACAUCAAAUUUACAACUACUAGGAUAUUGCUUAUUCCUAAAAUUCUUUAUUAUUUAUUUAUUUAUUUUAUUCACUCGACAAUUCAAUUAAAAAUAUCUUACAUAAAUUAACAUGCACACUUCAUAACGCUGGGGUGUUCAGGUCAAAUUUAAACACAGUGCCAAAAUUAGAUCGAUUUACGCCUACUGAAAAACGGGAAAAUAAAAUGAUAACCGACUGGAAGUGGGUUAGUCUGCGUUCGAACUUUUGUACGUUAUAAUUUUUAGUAUUGAACCGAACAUUCCGAUUCUGUGAUAAGAAUUUUAUGUCUUGCGUCUGGGGACGAAAAAAAAAUAGAACGAUGAUUGGUAUUCCGGUACAACUAUUAACUUUAUGUGUAUUAAAAUCGUCCCUGAUAUGUAUAUUUUGUAGAGUGUAUUUAAUUUAUUAGAACUUUAUUUACCCGUAAAAUUAAUAUCGUACUUAAGAACAACAUAGUUUUAGGUUUUUAUUUAUUUUAAUUACACGCUUUAUACGGAAAGUGCCAUUUUUUUUAUCGGUUUUUCGUAAAAGAUAAAGUAAUUGAAAUUGAAGAAAUCAUUAAGCGAGCUGCAGUUAAUUUUAUUAGUAGGUAAACACGGUAAGGAAUUUGGCACUUUCUUCAUACAUAACCGAGUGCCAAUAUUAGUUGAGUCUCUUUCGAUUAAAACAAAUGGGCAUGUUUCUAAAAUGUACAUACAUAUAUAGUUUCUUAAAUAUAAUUCUUUCCAUGCCCAAUAUUUGUUUGAUUUAUUAAAAUAGGUGAAGCAAACGAUAUUAUAUUUUUGAUGCUGCCAAAAUGAUAAUUCUACAAAGUGCAGAUAACAUUAUUAGUGAGGAGUAAAGCUAUUUUUUUUGUACAGAAAAAUCUUUUUCGACCAAAAACCGAUGAUUAUCACUGUACUCUUUACUAAUAAUUUUUACUACAUAGGAUAAUAAAAAUUAAUUGGGGUUCUCCUAAUUUUCACGGAGACAGCCCAAACAAAUGUGUCCGAAAAAUGUGUUUAUCCUAUGCAAUUGAGUCCAAAUUUUUUGUAAAACACCAAAAAAAUAAUUAAAAUAUUUUAAAAUAUAAAAUAGGUAUCAAU